AUGGCUGUAUAUAUGGCGCGGCCAAGGGGUGGCGCGUCCCUUACCCAGACCCAAGGGCGAUGUCAUCGAGCCCCGAACCUCCUUGCCGCUCCCCGCAAGAUUAUCUUGGCCCUCCUCCACAACGUGGACAGACCGAGCAAGCCACGCGUGAUGAUUCGGCAUCGCAUCGCCAAAUGCCCUAAAUGCCAAGCCCGUGGUGGAUCAGACUCCCCUGUCAGAUUGCGUGUUGAUGCCCAUUCGAUGGUCGACCCGGAGCAUCUGCGCGGCGAUUUCUUGGCCGUGCGAACUGCCACAUGGCGACAGGCCAGUCAGGAGAGUUGA